AGAAUACGAUCGGUCUCAGAGGGAAAACAAACUCCAACCAUGUGCGAAGCCAGGAUAAAGAGAUCCGAAGUUACGAAACGUUGGCUUCUACAGUAUCCAGAAAUUGGCCGUGAACCCUCAACGCACACCUGAAAGAGCUCAAAUACCCUCAUCACCGAACAAGAUCGUCUCCGCAACAAUGACAACCACAACCACACAAGAAUCCCAACCCACCGACCUAAAACCCCCUUACAACCCGAUCAUCAAUGCUGCAAACGCAACUCCAGUCCUAGCAAACCGACACCAGCCCAGCGAUCCGCACCUCUUCCUCGCGCGGCCGUGGCUCGGCGCACUCCUAUUCGAGAACGUCACCUCAGACGCGCGCGACCACUGCGCCAACGAGCGCACCUUCCUCUCGUGGCUCCGGCUGUCGAUGUACCUGGGCGUGGUCUCGAUCGCGAUCAUCAUCUCGUUCCACUUCCAGUCGCCACCGACGGGGCUCGAGCGCCGCAUGUCCCUGCCGCUGGGCAUCAUCUUUUGGUUGCUGAGCCUGACGUGCCUGGUGACCGGGUUCGCCAACUACAUCCGCACGGUGCGCAAGUACAGCCAGCAGGCGGCGCUGGUGCAGAGCGGUUGGAAGACGCAGGUCAUGUUCACUAUCGUUGGGGCGGUGAUUCUCGGUUGUUGCGUCUUGUUCCUGGCAACGGAUGCGACGACGAAGUCGCGGUGAUCUGCAUAUCCCCCCAUUUUAUCGUUUAAUUGAGCGAGCUAGGUUUGAGGGGUAGAUUCUGGGUCUUGGUGCGGCGACUGGGAUGUUAUAAUGCCGAGGACCGUCUUGCAUGAUGGAAGUGGUUGGACUGAGAAGCCUGAGCUACGUGAAGCUUAUGGUAUAUACGAAAGAAGCGGAUGCUGUUCCGACAUUUUACUUUGACUUGUUUGAAACCACAAUAGAAUAUGUGCUUGGCUCAUAGUAGAGCAUCGAACCGCUAGCCAUGUAGCAUUGAAGGGGGAAUAAAGAAAGAAAAUAACCGAAGCCUCAAGAAACACUGUCUGUGGGGAACCGAGCACAGCAGCGAC